UAAUUCGACUGAAACAGCGAUAGGUGUAUUUCGUCUUAGCGAUUCGCUGAGCUGCGCCGCCAGCUCAGCACGCUUUGUGGGCAUUACUUGGCAGCCCGACAAUCACUUCACCAACUCCCGCUGCUGACGUGGCCGCAAUGUCCAAUCCGAUCAUGCCAAGUGCAGCCGCGGGCGCAGGCGGGACCCAGGCUGCUCCAGCCGCUGCAACCGGAGCCGGGGGGGUAAUCGGAGGAGCCGCGGGGAUAAUCGGAGGAGCAGUGGCAGCAGAAAUGACUAGAGGCGGAGGACAGGGAGGAGCAGGAAGUUCUAUAGUAACGAUGGAGGCAGCAGCAGUAACACCAGCAGGAGCAGCAGCAGCAAAAGUAGGUAUUUCCCCCGCUGCUGCACCGCGCGAGUCAUCUAUCCCCGCGCCGCCUAAGGUGCUAGCGGACGCGCUCGAUCUCCUCGAGGCGGCGUCGCGGCUUAUAACGGAGGUGCGCAGCGGCGUGGACGUGCUUAUAGAGGGGGUGGUGACGUCAGCGGAGGCGCGCGGGGAGGGAUGGGGAGGGGAGGAGGAGGGGGCGGGAGGAGCGGGGGAGGUGAUGGGGGAGGUGGAGAGGAGAAUGAGGAGCCACGUGGCACAGCUACAAGGCAUUGGCAGGCAAUUAACGGACCUGGGAGCAUGGGAAGCAGACACCACGCCCGCCCCAAAACCUGAAACUGAUUCUACCAACCCCCCUGCGGCUGCCGCCGCCACUGCUGGCAGUGGUGCUGCCGCUGGGGACACCAGUACUGUCGCCUCUGGAGCAGCAGCAGGAGCAGGGGCAAGAGGAGGGGGAGGCGAGGGCAAAGGGAAAAAGGAGGGUUUGAAUGGUGAAUCAAAAAGAGGAGGGGAGGGUGGCAGGAUGGAUGGUAUUUCCAGGAAGGUUCUAGGGGGAGUGAAGAUGGCUCCUCUGGUGUGCGGCGAUGGCAUGUUGGUGAACUAUGCGUGGAAGAGGCAGAUCGCUGCCCAUGCUGCCACCGGUGCGGCCAAGCGAACAGGCAUUGCGCUCUCUGCGUUUCAGCGCCACAGGCAGCGAGUCUUCCCCUCCCUCGCACCCCCUACUGUCACACUUGCUGCAGUGGCGCACCAGCUAGCCAAGCGACCUAGAGUCUCUCCUCCUGCUGCACCCGACGGCACUGGCACUGGUACUACUGCUGCUGCUGCUGGUGCUGCUGCUGGUGCUGCUGCUGCUGGCGCUGCUGGUGCUGCUGGUGUUGGUGCUGGUGCUGCUGGUGCUGCUGAUGGUGCCGCUCCUACUGCUGGGAUCCAAGAUCCGUCCGCUAGUGCUGCUGCUGCUGCUGCUUCUUCUGCUGAUGUUGGUGCUGCUGGUGGUGCUGUUUCUAGUGCUGGUGGUGUGAAGGAAGGGGGCGCUGCUGCAGGAGUGGCCGGGGGGGAGGGGGCUGCAGCCAAUGGAGUGGGAGGGGAGGAGAAAGCAGCAGAAGCAGGUGCAACUGGGGAAGGCUCAUUUGCUGCCACAGAUACUGCUGCUGCUGCUGCUGGUGCUGCAUCAGGGACAGCAGAAACCACCUCAGCCAACACAGGUGCCUCUGGGGAAGGUGCAUCUGCCGCCGCUGCAGAUACACCUGCACCUGCUACUGGUCCGGGGGCAGGUCUGGGCCGAGCCACCCCACCAGCAGGUUUGGGGGUGCUGGGGGCGCUAGGUGCAGAGGAAGAUGGAGGAGGAGGGAUGGAUGCAGGAGUGGGAGAGGGGGCAAAGGGGGCUCAGGAGGGUAGUGAAAGCAAGGCAAGGGCAGAGGGAACAGAGGGAGGGGGAGCAGGGGGAAAAGGAGGUACUGCUGGUGUGGCUGGUGGUACUGGAGGGGAAGGAGCAGGGCUUGCGAGUGUGAAGAGAGAGUAUGGAGCGAGAGAGGGGGACAGUAGUGGUGAUGGCGGUGGUGAUAGUAAAAUGGGUGGCACCAGCGGUACUGGUUCUGGUGCUGAUGGUAUUAAUGCUGACCCGGCAGCAGCAGCAGAGGACCCCACUCCCACACGACUGGGAAAUAAGAGGAGACGCGGCGAGGGUGGUUACCGCAAUGGUUACAUGGAUCCGGUGCUGUGCAGAGUGUUACAGCACGUGCAGCAGGCCUGCCCUGCCAUGUCCGUCACUCUCCUCUCGCGCUCUUCCUGGCCCAGACACCUCAUGGGGCAAACCGGUAGACAGUGGGCUGCUGUGAGUGAAGGGGAGAGGAGGGGAAGAGGAGAGAAGGAGGAGGGGGGAGAGAACAAGGAGAGGAAGCAAGUGAAGCAGGAGCAAGGAGAGCUGAAACCUUCAAAAGCAUCCCCGUUAAAAGCAUCCUCGUUAAAAGAUUGCGCUCCCGUGCAAAGACCGGAUUCCGAGGGAGAGGACAUGGAGGCCAUCUGCCCGCCAGGAGUGGUAGAGGCGAAGGUUCCCGGAGCCUUCCGAGCGGUCAUCUCCCUGAUGCCAGCUGGCAGCUCGCGAGUGGAUGGGGUGGCUGUGUUCGGGACCAAUGAGGUGGGGCCGCACGUGCAUGCAUGGGGGCAGUCCCACCACACGGCAUUCCAGCUGGUUUCUGCUCAAGCCCGCACUGCCCUGCGUACACUCUCCUGCGCCUCCUCACUCCCCCACCGCACUUCAUCCAACCCUCCAUCCAGCCCUCCAUCCAGCCCUCCAUCCAGCCCUCCAUCCAGCCCUCCAUCCAGCCCUCCAGCCAGCCCUCCAUUGGAAGGCCUGCUGGAAUGGCUGCACUCCUUCCGGAAUCUCUUCCAACAACCGUGCAACGCAUGCCAUCGCAUCAUCGCUCUCCACCAUCCCUCCCGCCAGCUCCUACCGCCUGUCAUCCGCCCCCUGGCUGCUCUCACCUCUGCUGCUGGCGCUGCACCUGCCGCUGCUGCUGACACUGGCUCUGGUGGUGCUGACAGCAUUGGUCCCUCUGCCUCAGCCCCUGAGGGUGGUGGUGGUGGUGGUGCUUCUGGAGCGGGUCUAAAGGAAGGCUCGGUGGAGGAUGGAGCAGCUAUGGCAGGACAAGAAGAAGGUGAAAGAGUAGUUGCGUGGCACCUGGGAUGUGCUAUUCCGUGCUUGUAAUGCCAUGGAAAUAUGAAGGUUGUUGCGGUCGUUUGCAAAUCCACUGGUUGUUAGUGGUGCUGCCAGUGCUGCUGGUGGUGUUGAAGUAGCUAGGUAGCUAGGUAGGUAGAGAUGUCAACUUAUACAUAUGCUGUAUGUAGAAGUUAUAGGCUAGCCUAGGUGUGUGCUUCUAGUGAGUACAACCCCAACAGAUAUAUGUUCUAGGUUUCUCACACUA